AUGCCUUCAUUAGCUGAUCUGGUUAAAAGCUUAAACAUUGCCUUCAACAAAAAUGAUUAUGAGAGUUGUGAGAAACUAGCAACUCCUUUAAAAAUCGAAUUGAUUAAAAACAAUCUAUUCAUUCCAGAUUUAUCCAGGACCGAAGAAAGUUACAUCAAUGACCUUAACAUCUCCAAAAGGAUCCUUGAAAUCAUUGCAUUAUCUAGUAUUUAUCAAUUAAAGUUUGAUAACUUCCAAAAUUACUUCUCGCAAAUACGAUUAUAUUAUUUCAGCAACAAUCCUACAUUAGCCGCAUCUAAUGAUAAAGAUAAAUUAAUCAGUAUUUAUUUAUUGCUUUUAUUAUCUAAUGGUCAUAUAUCAGGAUUCCAUUCAGAAUUAGAAUAUCUAAGCAAACAUAUAGAUAACUUGGAAGAGAAUGAAUUACUAUCCUAUCCAAUCAAAUUGGAAAAAUGGCUGAUGGAAGGUGCAUAUCAAAAAGCUUGGGAACUGUUAAAAUCUGGUUUUAAAAUCCCUGAAUUUGAUAUUUUUACUGAAAAUUUACUAUCUGCUAUCAGAGAGGAAAUUGCACAUAACACAGAGCUAGCAUACGAUAAUCUAAAUUUGACCUUCAUCAAAGCAUUGCUGUUUUUAGAUAGUGAAAAAGCAGCCGAGAAUUUUGCAUUGGAAAGAGGUUGGAAAAUCCUUGAUGGUAAUGUCAUUUUCAAAUCUUUGGAUGAAGCAAUAAUUGAUAAGGAAGAGGAGGAGGAAGAAGAAGCGGAAGAAGAAAGAGCUACUCUAAUAUCAAAGACUUUGAAUUAUGCCAUCAAUUUGGAAACAAUUGUGUAG